ACUUGAAUACUUGAAAUCGUUGAAACUUUGAAUACAAGGAAUCUCAGUUCGAAUUUUCAGGAAACACAACAGUAAAAGUAAUAGUUUGUAAAUCGUUAUAAGAGUAAAAUAUUAAAAGAAGGAAAAAAGUGUAUUAGGUGUAAUAGUGAACAAGAAAGAAGAGAGGAAAGGUCGAAUCUGCCAAAGGAAAAGAUGUGUCUCAGGAAAUAUUGUCGAUACUGUCACAGACCAAGGACAAAGGAAAAAGAAAUAGAGAUCGCGGACUGAAGUGAGGAUGCGAAGGAAAAAGUAGUCCGGCUGAUAUUGGUUUAUUGAGGUAAUCAGCGAUUAAAGCAAAAUUCUUGUAACCAGAAAUUAAAAAUGGAAGAAAAAGAAGGAAAAAAUUGGAGAUACAGGGAAUAAUCGACAAAACAAGUAAAAGGUGACGACGCGACGUUCGUUGCUAUGACGGAGCUGACUUCAUUCGUAACUUAACGCAAGUCAAUUUUCCGCAUUAAUGAAAAAUGUGUUCUUGUUGAAAAAGUUGUUUUUUAACGGAUAAUAAUAAUAAUUAUUAUUUGGAGAUUUUUUCCAUUUAUACAAUUAAAUCGGAAAAAAAAUAUAUAAUUGCCAACGGAAAAUCUGAGGGAAAAAGGAGAAAUGGCGACAGCGGAGAAUUUUCAAUCGACACAAGAUGAAAUUUUUGAACACAAUGACGAUGAUGAUGAUGAUGAUGAUGUGGAAAAGGAAAUAAUUAUGACACAAUUUUCUUAUCUGCAUGAUUGUGAAACUAAAAGUCAAUCUUCCGAUGAGCAGAUUUUUCAAGAUUGCAUUUCGAGUCCCGACGGUGAAUGUUCAUUCUCAUCCCGUUUGGAGCAGGAAAUUCUCGACACAGAGGAAAUGACACAGAAAUUAUUGAGAAAUUUGGAAUCCCUCAAGAAUGCCGAAUUAAAUGCAGAAAAAAUAUCGCCAACAAAUUCCGAUGACGAUUAUUUGCCAUUAAUAAACGAAGCCAAACAACGUGACGAUUAUUGUCAAUUUCUUCGUCUCUGGGACGCCGAGUCCGGCAGUCAAACCGAGGAAAUCGAGGAAAUUAUCCUCAAUGAUGACGAUCGUCGAUUUUCGACAAAAUUUCCCAAAGCAAACCUUAGAGACGAACUCGAAGAAUUUUUAAAUAGAAGAGAAAAAAAUGAAGAAGAAUUCACCGAAUACGAUCUCAAUAAUUACGAUGCUUACGAUUUCGAGGCGAUUGAAUAUUUUCCCAAAAAAGAGGAGAAUUUGCCGAAAUUGAAAAAUGAGGAUUUUGAGGAUUUUGAACAAUUUUCAGAAAGUGAGGAAAAUUCGACGAAUUUGAGAAAAAUGGAUAAAUUCGAGGUUUUUGAAUUUUUUUCGAAAGGGGAAAAAAAUUUGUCGAAAUUGAAAAAAACGGAUUUUGAGGGUUUUGAAUAUUUUUCGAAACAAGACAAAAAUUUGACGAAAUUAGAAAAAGCGGAAACAUUUUUUUGUCCUGAACUAGAGAAAAAUUUGAUGAAAUUCGAAAAAGCUGAUAAUUUCGAGGCUUUUCACUAUUUUCCGGAAAAAAGGGAAAAUUUGUCAAAAUCAAAAAACGAGAAUUUCGAGGCUUUUCAAUAUUUUUCGAAACAAGACGAAAAUUCGAUGAAAUUCGAAAAAGCGAAUAAUUUCGAGGCUUUUGAAUAUUUUCCGGAAAUAAAAGAAAAUUCGUCAAAAUUGAAAAAAACGAAUAAUUUUGAGGCUCUUGAAUAUUUUCCGGAAAUAAAAGAAAAUUCGCCAAAAUUGGAAAAAGCGGAUGAUUUUUUGGCCUUUUUUCCGAAACGAGACGAAAAUUCACAAAAAUCGGAAAAAGCAGAAGAUUUCGACGUAUUUUUACCGAAACGCGAAGAAAAUUCGCCAAAAUUGACAAAAACGGAAGAAAAUUCCCCAACAGAGGAAAAUAAAUGUCUGGGGGAAUUAAUCGAAAGUGAGAGAAGAACGAGAAAAUUAAUGAGAGAAGUUGACGAAAUGAAGAGAGCACUAGACGGUCAAAAAAAAAUAAACGAUCGUUUAAAGUUUCUUUUGGACGAGAAACGAGAAGAUUUUGUUGAUAAAUAUUUGGAGGAUUUCACGCGAAUGGAAAAUGAAAAUUGGAAAUUUUUGUCGAGACAGGAGGUGAAAAUAAUUGACGAAAAUGAAUUUUUACAAAUGGAAAAUGCUUUCGAGGAAAAUGAGAAAAUUAGAAAAAAUUUCCUCGAUGAGAAGGCGGGAAAAUUUUCUCUUUCUGUGCUUGAUGAGAAAAGUUGGAUGGAGAAAAUGCAAUUUUCCGAGGAGGGAGACGAAGAUUUUGAAAUGGAUUUGGAUUUUUUUUUGAGUAAAGAAAACGAAGAGGAAGAAGAAGAGGUUUUUUUGUCUGAAUUUUUGAAUAAGGAAUUUUUUGACAAAGGGGGAAAAUUAUUUUCUAGUGUUGGGGAGGAGAGGAAAAUUUAUCUCGAAGAGGAAAAAGUAGAAAACGAAGAGAAAGUAGAAAAAGUAGAAAACGAUGAAAAGAGAAAAAUUGGCAAAAAUCAUGGAAACAAAUAA